GUAUUCACGAAAUGAUCUUGGCAUCCAACUUGGUCUGCACUCUACAGGCUGCAACCGAUGCAUUUCUCCAGCAGCCGACAGCGGCAAGGCAAGCUCGUUCAUUGGCGAGGCUGGCGGAAUGCAUUCGCCAGCUGAGAAUGAACCUCACAUGUGACCUGGGGGUAGGUAUACUAUGUAGAUAUGGACUCACUCCAGAAUGUUUCCUUGCGCACGUACGCCGCAGUAUUCGCAUUUCGCAACGAGAGAUCAAUAACUACUAGCAGGGCGAAAGAUUUAGCAUCGUUACUCCAAGCUCAUGGCUCAGCAACGUAUCAGCGAUGCGACCGCCAAGGACGGUUCGCUGGUUAUCGCUGGUAAUAAUGAAUUCCACGGAUCUGUGAACGUCGGGGCCAGUAAAGACUUGAACGAUAUACUCGGCUCCCUCCCUACCGCGAAGGACGCACCGUUCUACGCACACCAGCGACGACAUGACCCGACCUGCCUUGACAAUACCCGCGUCGGCCUCCGUGAAGAUAUAGACAACUGGGUAAAGGGAGAAAAUUCGCCGAGCAUCUUUUGGCUAAGCGGUUUGGCUGGCACGGGCAAGUCCACGGUGGCGCGAACAGUGUCUAGGUAUUGGGCGAACCCGGCGAAGGAAACCCUUGGUGCUAGUUUCUUCUUCUCAAGAGGCGGCGGAGAUGUCGGCCAUGCCGGUAAUUUUGUUACAAGCGUUGCAGUACAACUGGCAAACAAAGUACCGGAUCUGAAACGAAUCAUUUGCAACGCGAUUUCCGCCCAGAGCGACAUUGCCAACCGGGAUCUAAGUGAACAAUGGCGCCAUCUGGUCCUUAAUCCAUUGUCGCAGCUGGCGGGCAGCAGCAGCCAACCCCGAUAUAUUCUUGUCGUUGAUGCGCUUGAUGAGUGCGAGGACGAGAACGACAUCCAGACUAUUUUACAAUUGCUAGCGGAGGUUCGGUCCUUAGAGACGGUCCAGCUUCGAGUAUUCUUAACCAGCCGACCUGACGUUCCGAUCCGAAACGGCUUCAUCCAAAUCCCAAAUGUUGUACACCGGGAUUUUAUACUCCACGAAAUAUCGUCGUCGAUUGUCGAUCAUGAUAUCCGCAUUUUCUUACGGCACAAGCUUGAAGACAUUGCUCGUAGGUACUGUCUCCCUGCUGGUUGGCCUGACGAGCAUAUCAUUGGUCAACUCGUUGACAGUGCAAAUGAGCUAUUCAUCUGGGCGGCAACUGCAUGUCGCUUUAUCGAGGAGGGCGAAUACUUUGCUGCAGAUCGAAUAUCUAUAAUCCUCAAGCCUGACUCUGCGGAUGACUCGGGAGACGGGUCGUCUUCAGAUAGUUCCGCGACAGAUAACAAGAAUGGCGAUCCUGUAGUAGCUCCACAACAGCACCUGGACAACAUCUACAUCACAAUUCUCAAGAAGUCUAUCCGAAAAUACAGGGGGCGAGAAAGCAAGAAAUGGCGCGAGCGACUUGGAACAACCAUGGGGACCAUUGCUGUCCUCUAUUCUCCUCUAUCCACCGACUCAUUGGGGAAACUACUCCACGCUACGCUUGAUACUACGCUCGACAGUACGCUACAACAACUAGACCAAACACUGAACGAUCUUCAUGCGAUUCUGGACGUUCCAAAGAAUUCGACUCAGCCGCUGCGUUUACAUCAUCCAUCGUUCCGCGACUUCCUCCUUGACCCAAAGAGAUGUACAGAUUUGAAAAUUGGGAUUGACGAGAAGCAAGCACAUAAAUCACUCGCUACAAGCUGCAUUAAGCUUAUGUCUGGUGCUCUUAAGCAAGAUAUUCUUAGUGUGGACCGACCAGGAGCAUUAGUGACUGAUAUUGAAACUAGUCUUACAGCGCAGCAUCUCCCUCCUGAGGUUCGGUAUGCAUGUCUAUAUUGGAUCCAGCAUCUCCAGAGAAGCGAGGCCAAGCUUCAAGAUGGCGACCAAGUACACCGUUUCCUACAAGAGCAUUUCCUCCACUGGCUCGAAACUCUCGGAUGGAUGGGGCAGGUAUCGGAAGGAAUUCAUACCAUCGCGUCUUUAGAGUCGCUUGCUUCCAUAAGUGACUGUCCUAGCCUCUCAGAUAUCAUCUAUGAGGCGAAGCGGUUCGUGGUCUACAAUCGAUACGCUAUCGGGUUAGCUCCCCUUCAGACGUACUGCAGUGCCCUCGCAUUCGCACCGACAAUGAGCAUAAUAAGAAAGCAAUUCGCAAAUUGCAUACCUAGAUGGAUACGGAGGUUACUACAGGUCGAAGAGAAAUGGAAUGCGGUGCUGCAGACGCUCGAGGGCCAUUCGAGCGGGGUCUCGGCCGUGGCCUUCUCGCCGGACGGCAAGACGCUGGCGUCGGGCUCGCACGACGGGACGGUCAGGCCGUGGCCUUCUCGCCGGACGGCAAGACGCUGGCGUCGGGCUCGCGCGACAGGACGGUCAAGCUGUGGGACGCGGCGUCGGGGGCGGUGCGGCAG